AUGAGCCAUGGAGAUGCGGAAAGUAGCAGAGUGAAUGAAUCCGGUAGCGGCGAGGACGACGCGCCCAGAAGAGCACAGCAGCUGUCAGGUGGAGGAGGUGAUGAGUUUGGGCGGGCGGUCUCGAAGGUUGCGGUGGCGCAGAUAUGCGAGGGGGUCGGGUUUCUUGGCUGCAAGGAGUCGGCUUUGGACUCGCUCGCCGACAUUGCCAUCAGAUACCUCCGUGACUUAGGGAAGAUGGCGAAUUACUAUGCUAACUUGGCCGGUAGGACUGAAUCUAAUGUGUUUGAUGUUGUUAGAGGGUUGGAAGAUUUGGAGGCUUCGCAAGGGUUUUCGGGUGCAGCGGAGGUGAGGCAUUGUCUUGCGGGGUCCGGGACGAUGAAGGGGCUUGUUCAGUAUGUGGGGACUGCGGAGGAGAUUCCGUUUGCUCAGUCAUUGCCGCGGUUUCCGGUGGUGAAGGAUCGGAGGUUGAUUCUGAGUUUUGAGCGGAUGGGGGAGGCUCCGCCUGGGAAGCAUUUGCCAAAUUGGUUGCCGGCUUUCCCUGAUCCGCAUACUUACAUUCACUCGCCAAUGUGGAAUGAGAGGAAGACGGAUCCUCGGGAAGAUAAGAUUGAGCAAGCCAGGCAGCGGAGAAAGGCUGAGAGGUCUUUGUUGAGUCUGCAGCAGAGGUUGCUUUGCAAUGGUUCAGCUCCAGGUUUAGCUUCACCCUCUGCCCCAGUCUCAGUGGUGGGUAAUGAUGGGAAGGGAUUGAAAUUACAAGGGGGUGAAAGUAAUCCCUUCCUUGAACCACCCCUCCAGCCGGGUGAGAAAGAUGUUUCUCCAGUUGUGUUACCAUCAAAGUUUUCAGAAGUUUUGGCCAAAGGGAACAGUUCUUCAGUUUUAGAAGCAUUUGCCCCUGCCAUCCAAGCGGUGAAAAAUGGGGUAUGGAUGGAUGGAGAGGGAGAUGUAGAGGAAGAGAGUAAGCUACUUCCGAAUUCAAGGCCCCCUGUUCAUUUAAAAUUCAGACCUGUGAAGAAAUUUCUUGGCGAAUCAUCGGAUUUGAGUCUCCAAAAGAAGGGUUCAGGGAGACCAGCAAAUUGGGUUUUGCGAGAUGAAGAGAGGGACGAAAAGAAGAGGAGAGCUGAGUUUAUUCUUAGACAAUCCAUGCAAAACCCUCAGGAGCUCAAUCAGGCAUAG